AUGUUCAGAAGGGUAUUUGGAAUCUCUAAUAAAUACAAUCCUACUCGUUUACGAUACUUAAGAGAGCUGCAAAUCCAUCAGCUUAAUAGGCCUAAAUAACUUAAUUCCAAUAAGUGUCAAAUAAAUACGGAUUGUCAGUUCCUUAAUUGGCAACUUUAUCAGGAAUAUUUUAAUUAAGCUAAUUGCUCAGACCCUAAAAUUUCCCAAAUCCUAAUGAUUAUAAAACACACGUUGAAAAGUUAGAAAUUAUUGUUCAGACAAUCAUAACAAAGUCAAGAAUCAUUAGCUCAAUUUGCACAAUCUUUAGAAUUUAAAAUUCCAGAAAUAGCAAAACUCACAAAUGAUGCAAGAAAAUAAGCUGCCUAAGAAUUGUUUAUCAUUUACUUAGAAGGAAUUCAUUAUGAUAAUUUAGUCUCACCAGGCUACGUUGAAUAAUUGGAAUCAACUUACAGAGAAAGAACUACAAAAGCAAUCAAAUAAAUUUAAGCAGAAGUGAAGGAUCCCUAAUUAGCAGCCUAAUUAUCAUAAUCCCUUGAAUAGAUCUUCUAAAAUUACUAAUUCAAUUAAGGAAGAUAUGUCGGUUUGAUUAAGUCAUUCAUCGACGCUCUAUAAGGAACAGAAAUUUAGGUGGCUUAAAAAUUAGAUUAAAAAACUUAAGAGAAACAACUAUUCAUUCAAACAGUGGAUAAAGCAACAAAAAAAUUCUCAGCCGAGGAUCAAGAAUAUGCUAGAAAUGUCGAUGGACAUGAUUACAAAUUAUUCUUAUAAGAAUUAUAUGAGAAAGAAUAUUAAUCAGGGUUUGCACAAAAUAGAUUCAAUGAAAAAGGAUAAAAAUUGGUUUAUGAAUCGUAGGCAUAAGAACAUCACGAGUAUUUGCUGGUUACUUCCUCUAUUUAUUCUACAGAGGUGAUGCCUAUUACUCCACAAUUCUUGGCAGUUCCAGUAGUAGCAGCAGCUUUCUUCUAUUUGGCUAAACAAGGAUAAGCUAAAAGAGCUAUUCCAUUUGUUAGACAAGUACUCAAAAACACAGACAACACUUAUGAGGUUGUUUUUGAAUAGAAUCGUAUCAUCAGUAGAAUAGAAAAUGUUUAAUCAAGUUAAAUCAAGCUUGCCCAAGAUACUUAAUUUGCAAAUUCAUUAGUGCUUGGCACUCCAACAGAUUUCGGAUAUCAUGUCAAGGUAGCUGAUAAUUCAUUUAUUGCACCAUACUUAUACAGAGGAAACGGUUUAGAUUUCAGAGCAUUCAUUAAUGUUUGAUUCAAUAAUAUAAAUCACAAUAAAAACAAAACU